AGCUUUCGUCUUCGGCAGCUUGCUCACGAACAAAGAACUCUAGGGUCGUGUGCACACACACCCACCCUGACACUCGCGCGUGCACACACAUGCACACAUGCUUUUUCUGUUCUCUUCCUUCGCUCUCCGAAGCCUGGGGGAAGUUGGUGGCAGAGGUGUUUCAGUUUUUAUUGUCAUGUGGGCUGAUUUUUAUUUGUUUUUUGCUUUUUUUUAAAACAUUCAAAAGCAAUUACUGAUCAGAUCUAGGAAAAAACCCGAAUAGAAACAAACUUUUGAAUGCUGGAUUCAAAAAAACAAAAAAUUAUCUGGACAGCUUCUUUGAGACUAUUUAAAAACUGGUACAGCAGGUCUCCACAGCGCCAAGAUCUAACUAAGCUUUAAAAGGUCAAGACGUGUUAUGGCUGACGAAGGAGUUGGGCCACUGCGGAAGGCCUUUUCCCACUUUGAGCUUCAGGAGAUUCGGGGAUCUUACCCCAUCCUCCUCCGGGGGUCCGAUUGCAUCUCUCUGCAAGCAAGGGCUGAAAUAGUUCUGUGUGGUUGACUCAGGGCGAGGGGUGGGGCUUGCACACCGGGGCCGGGUGGGGGGCAGCUCUUACAUAAGGCACACUAUACUGGGUUGAUUCCUCCUGUCCUGUGGAGUUGACUUUCUAAAUUUUUGUUUGGGAGUGGGAUGGGAAUAUGUUUGUGUUUUUGUUUUUUGGUUUUUUUUUUUUUUGCUAUGCGGGGUUUUGAACUCAGGGCUUCGUGCUUGCUAGGCAGGUCUUCUGCUGCUUGAGCCAUACCCUUAGUGCUUGGGAUGGUAGUAUGGAUAGCAACAUAAAGCAUCCUUCUUGUGAUAAAAUUCAUUUUUCAACAGUGGGGCCGUAGAUGUGAUGUGUAAUAACUUCCCCCACCCUUUUCUUUUUUUAUUCUAAUCAGAGAACUAAAAAGCAUCCCUCCCAUCAGCAAGCCUUGGAAAUAAAUGCACCUGCCUGGGAUAGCUGGGAGUAUGGCCACCCUGCUCCACGAUGCGGUAAUGAAUCCGGCAGAAGUGGUGAAGCAACGCUUGCAGAUGUUCAACUCUCAGCACCGGUCAGCCCUCAGCUGCAUCCGGACGGUGUGGAGGACCGAGGGGUUGGGGGCGUUCUACCGAAGUUACACCACGCAGUUGACCAUGAAUAUUCCCUUCCAGUCCAUCCACUUCAUCACCUACGAAUUCCUGCAGGAGCAGGUCAACCCUCACCGGGACUACAACCCACAGUCUCACAUCAUCUCAGGUGGGCUGGCCGGGGCCCUGGCUGCGGCUGCCACCACCCCCUUGGACGUCUGUAAGACCCUCCUCAACACGCAGGAGAACAUGGCACUCAGCCUGGCCAACAUCAGUGGCCGGCUGACAGGCAUGGCCAAUGCCUUCCGGACAGUAUACCAGCUCAACGGGCUGAUGGGCUACUUCAAAGGCAUCCAGGCACGGGUCAUCUACCAGAUGCCCUCUACCGCCAUCUCCUGGUCCGUCUAUGAGUUCUUCAAGUACUUCCUCACCAAACGCCAGCUAGAGAGUCGAACGCCAUACUAAAGGAACAGGCUGUGGGAAGUUGCUUCCGGCAUCUUUUGUUUGCAACAGGCUUCCCCUGCCUGGCUGUCCAGUGUCCUCACUCCUAGGUCCUUCCUGCAGGGUGCUUGUGCCAGGCCCUCUGCUCCCUGGUGCCUUAGAAAGAAGGGAGGACUGGAUGACCACUGACCCAAAGGCUGUCUGUGGGGACAUCCAAGGUGGUGGUGGACAGGAGGACUUGGGAAGGGGAGCGAGAAGUGGCUUAGUCUCCUUCCCCGAGAGGAAUGUAGCUUUUCUGCUUUGCUGUGGCAGUCAACUCCCUAGGUCCUUAGAUUACACCACAGGGAAGAAGAAAUACAGUGAGGGAACACGUUAAAGGAAGAGAGUUUAUGUAUAUAAAAGAUCCAUUACACAGUCUAAAAUAGGUGGAUAAUGUUUAUCCUUUAUUUUUCUACAUAGAAGUUUUUGAAUUUGUGUGUGUGCUUGCGCGUGUCCAUAAAUACUUUGAUCGCCAGAAUAAUCAAGCUUUUUUAAAAAAAAAUAAGAGGGCUGAAUCUUUCCAUCAGGCUCAGUAAAAAGGCACCAAAGUAAUAAAUGGCUGAAUAUGGCCUAAAGUUGUGUGUAGCACCCCCCCAGGUGGAAGUUUCACUUGAAUGUAAAACAAUAAAUAUUAAGCUUAUCUUUUGAAUUUCUCUUUUAAUGGGGGGAAGAGGUACGUUGAAAAAAAUCAAAAUGAUAUCUAUUACUUGCAGCUACUUUUUUUUUUUUUUAAUUUAAUCACCUUCAUGUGCCUUUUCCCUUUCUUUCUUAAAAGUUUCAGGACCAAAGAGAGGGUCCUGGCACAUUUUCUCCCACUGUGUACACACAGUGCUGGGCAGCAGGGUCACCCACCCUGUAGGGUGCUGGCCCCAGCAGAAUUAAGAUGGCUGGCCUUAAGCCUGUGUGUUUCCUUCCUUGUGAGUGAUGUGUCUGUCUCCCUGGUCAGCACUUAGAAGCUGGAUGUGCCAACACUUGGCUGCUUGCUGAGCAGAUCACGGGAAUAAAUCUGCCUCUAUUGUAGGACUUACUUCUUUAUCAACCUUUUUCUCAGGCACUUAGGUAACUUGGUCUAUGUGUUUUGACCAAGUCGCCUCCUAAUCCAUUUCCCCCUAUAGUCUAGAGAUUUUUAGAAACAUGGCCAGUGUAUCUGUGGCACGUCUCUAGCCUCCUACCCUGCCUGUCUCAAUCAUUAAUUCCCUUAUCACAGCCUCUCACUGCAUUUUGACAAGGCCAGACCCUCCAUCUGGAGCCCCACAACCAAAGCCUAACCUGGACCUUCAUGUCCAAGGCAGAGGCUGCCCUUCCUGCUCUUUCCUCAGCCUUCUCUGCUCCAUGUCAUCAAAGAACAUGAGGCCUCACUGCUUUUGUUUUCUGAAAUGGACUCAUUGUCACUAAGAGAAAAUAUAAGCCUGUGUCCUCUAGCUAUACCACUCCGUGUGUUUCCAGACUGAUGUCUACCAUUCCCUCUUUCAGCCUCAGUUUCAUUUUUUGAGCCUUUCUCACCAGAAUCUGAUAUAAAUGAGCAGGAAGCACACGUGUGUUUUUGUUUUGGCAGGCCUGGUCUCUACCUGCUACCUGAGACAUGGCCCAAGUGGUUCCUGGGGGCUCUGGCCUGGGCUCCUGUGGAUGGUGCAGCACCCGAGAAGCAUCUAGCUUGCACUUGGAGAGUUUUUAUCUCCUGGCCAUGUCCAUAGUGCCUAGGGUGUAGCUUUCAUUUUUGUUCUAAGAGCUUUGAGCAGUUCUAUAAUAAAACAGUUGACUUCCUUUUUCAGAUCAUGGGUAGGAGAGAGCUACCUUGGGACCUCCCAUGUGUGUGCCCCAGGGCCUUGCUGCUGGACUGGGGGUUGGAUGCUGGCCUGUCCUGCUUGGGGAAACACCUGCCACUGCAUGGAAAUCAGUAGGCUUCUGUGCAUACAGAUAGGGCGUGGCGGCCAUGAAAAUGUUUACAUCUACUCUUACCUGGCCUUGGGCUAAUGUUAAGUAGUGCUAAGUUCUGCAAAUGAAAGGGAAAGUGUAGAGGCUAAAGUAGAAUUUAAAUUAUAUCCUAAAAAAUUAUUCCCAUCACCUCUUUUUUUUAUCCACUUCAUGUUCCCUGCUGCAAAGUGUCUCCUGUAGGAUUUGUUCUCAGUGACAGUUACAACAGAACUUGACUUCUUUGGUUAGGGAGCUAUGACAUGGAGAGGGAGGACUCUUGACUUCAGAGCUCUGCAGGCUCAGUCUGAGGGUCUAGCCCUGGUUUUCCCUCACUAUGAUGAUCAAUGAAUGAGCUGGGGACAGCCACCUGUCCUCCGACCUACCCCACCUGCUAGCCCAGCCCACUGAUGGUCCUGAGGUUGAGUGAGUGAUGUAUCUGAAAAAACUUUAGAAAGUUGUGAAGCAGUAAGCAAGGUAUAAAUUUUUUUUUUUGAGAAUGAAUUCUCUUACCUUUAGCUCCGAAGUUGAUUAUAGCCCAUGUGUUGAUUUGUGAUUUUGACAUUGCAAAAUGCUACAGAGGUAAAAGCUCUGCCUCCACCCAGCAAUCAGUGCCACGCAGUCAUGGCAUCCUCUGUGUUAGCAUCUUGGAGUGGAAUCUGCAGCCUGGCAAUGCCACCUGAUUGUAAUACUCACAUCCACUCACUAGCUGCCCUGCUUACACCCAUGACUUGGGGUUAAACCAUUUGUAGAUUGGUUUUAUUUUAAAACAAAACAUUGAUUUUUUUUUUUCCAAAUGGGAUAAAUCCAUCCAGGACUUUUUUUUUUAACUUUGAAUAGAGCUAUUUACAGGCCUACUUCUAUGUGUGUUUGUUUCUCUCUCUUUUUUUUAAUGCUGAGGCUCUUAAUCCAAGACCCAUCCUCCUAUGGUCCCCUAAGGCUGUAUCUCCAACAUGUUGUUAUAUCAAUAAGGUUUUAUUUAACUUUAUUUAAGAGUGACUGUGUCUGUGAACUACCAAUGUACUGCUGCUUCCUACCUGUAAGACACACUGUGUGUGAAAAGGGUGAGCAAGUGUUAUUCCCUCAAUGUCUUAGAUGCUUGUAGUCAAGAUUGUUUCUGCCUUGUGCCAUUUCUGCCAGCUCUCUGAACAGGGGGAGCAGUAUGUGUUCACAUGUGGGGAUGUUUCUGAAAUGCUGCUACAGUUGUAACACUGGAGCUGGAGAGAAUAAAGCAUUGAUCUUAAAAACGUCCUGGGCUUUGUGGGGAAUACAGAAAUGAUGGGGGGGUGUGUAGCACAAGAAGCCCACUGGUGGGGGCCCAUCUGUUGUGUGAGGGACCACUGGGAACAACUUGGCUGGGAACUGCCCUUUCCCCAUAUAACAGACCACUGCCUUGCCAUCAGGAGGCGCUCCAGUGGUCACCAGGACAGGCUGGGGGCCUCCUAUUGGCUUUGUUCACUGUCCUGGGCUGGUGGUAGCUUUUUUUCGGUGCAGUAGACUAUGUGGUACCCUGGAAAAUGCUGUGUUUGUAUCUGUUUUCUCUCACACACAUUCCUCGUCUGGGAAGGUCAGUCAGGACCCUCUGUUUGGAGAGGGGCCUGAGAGGAACCAGAAUCCAGGCUCCCUAAAUGUUCCAAUUAAGCCAGAGAACAUAAUCUUUCCUAGAGGUGAGAAUCAGGGAGCCUCUUUGGAAGCUGGGGAACUCUUGAUUCUUUUUCCACAGAGUCAUGAGUCAAGGUCAGAGACCUUAGCAUGGCCAAGGAAGCCCUUAGCAAAGGUACAAAGUUGGAAUGGAGGGCAGACCUGAGAGCCAGCCAUGAGCACUGGUGCCAGAGGUGGACAGGGAUGCUAGGCAGAGGGUAUUAAGACAUACCAGCUUCCUGCCUUGUCAUUUUAUCAACAGCCAGCCCUGAGUGACUUAAAAUUCACUUGUGGCUUAAGGUUGCUUCUCAGCUGGA